AUGGCGUUAUCGGUGCUCCCCGCAGCCGUAAAUAACGCCGGGGCCAAGCCGGACGGCCGCGACGGCAGGGCUUGGGGGAUGGAGGUGGCCAGACCUCGGGACUUCCUUCCCCGAGGCUCUGGAAUUGUCACUCGGCGACCUCUCAUCCUGCAGCUCAUCUUCUCCAAGACAGAAUAUGCUGAGUUUUUGCACUGCAAAUCCAAAAAGUUCACAGAUUUUGACGAGGUGCGGCAGGAGAUCGAAGCGGAAACCGACAGGGUGACGGGAACGAACAAAGGCAUCUCUCCCAUCCCCAUCAACCUCCGCGUCUAUUCGCCGCACGUGUUGAACCUGACUCUGAUCGACCUCCCGGGUAUCACCAAAGUGCCGGUGGGGGACCAACCGCAGGACAUCGAGUACCAGAUCAAAGACAUGAUCCUGCAGUUCAUCAGCAGGGAGAGCAGCCUGAUCCUCGCUGUCACGCCGGCGAACAUGGAUCUGGCCAACUCGGACGCGCUCAAGAUGGCAAAAGAAGUUGAUCCUCAAGGCUUGCGGACGAUCGGAGUCAUCACCAAGCUGGAUCUGAUGGAUGAAGGCACAGAUGCCAGAGAUGUGCUGGAGAACAAGCUGCUUCCUCUACGAAGAGGCUACAUCGGCGUCGUUAACCGAAGCCAGAAGGACAUCGAUGGUAAGAAGGACAUCAGGGCAGCGCUGGCGGCCGAGCGGAAGUUCUUCCUUUCUCACCCGGCUUACCGGCACAUGGCUGACCGGAUGGGCACCCCGCAUUUGCAGAAAGUCCUUAACCAGCAACUGACCAACCACAUUCGGGAGACGCUGCCUUCGCUGCGCAGCAAACUUCAGAGUCAGCUGCUCUCCCUGGAGAAGGAGGUUGAGGAGUACAAGAACUUCCGCCCCGAUGACCCCACGCGAAAAACCAAAGCUUUGUUACAAAUGGUCCAGCAGUUCGGUGUGGACUUUGAGAAGCGAAUCGAAGGUUCGGGAGACCAGGUGGACACACUCGAGCUCUCCGGGGGUGCCAGAAUCAAUCGCAUUUUCCACGAGAGAUUUCCUUUUGAGCUGGUGAAGAUGGAGUUUGACGAGAAGGACUUGAGGCGAGAAAUAAGCUAUGCAAUUAAAAACAUCCACGGCGUGAGGACGGGGCUCUUCACGCCCGACAUGGCCUUUGAAGCCAUAGUGAAAAAACAGAUUGUAAAGCUUAAAGAGCCCAGUUUGAAGUGUGUUGAUCUGGUGGUCUCAGAGCUGGCCACGGUCAUUAAAAAGUGUGCCGAAAAGCUUGGUUCCUACCCCAGGUUACGAGAGGAGACGGAGAGGAUCGUUACCACUCACAUCAGGGAACGGGAAGGCAAAACGAAGGACCAGAUUCUCCUGCUGAUUGACAUCGAGCUCUCUUACAUCAACACUAACCACGAAGACUUCAUUGGAUUUGCCAACGCGCAGCAAAGGAACACCCAGACGAACAAGAAAAGAGCCAUCCCCAAUCAGGGUGAGAUACUGGUGAUCCGCAGAGGCUGGCUGACCAUCAACAACAUCAGCAUCAUGAAGGGAGGCUCCAAGGAGUACUGGUUCGUGCUGACGGCCGAGUCGUUGUCCUGGUACAAGGACGAGGAGGAGAAGGAGAAGAAAUACAUGUUGCCUUUGGAUAAUUUGAAAAUCAGGGACGUGGAGAAGGGAUUUAUGUCCAACAAGCACGUCUUUGCCAUCUUCAACACGGAGCAAAGGAACGUGUACAAAGAUCUCCGGCAGAUCGAGCUGGCCUGCGACUCCCAAGAAGACGUGGACAGCUGGAAAGCCUCCUUCCUCCGAGCGGGAGUUUACCCAGAGAAAGACCAAACCGAGAACGAGGACGGCGCCCAGGAGAACACCUUCUCCAUGGACCCCCAGCUGGAGCGCCAGGUGGAAACCAUCCGCAACCUUGUCGACUCCUACGUCGGCAUCAUCAACAAGUCCAUCCGGGACCUCAUGCCAAAGACGAUAAUGCACCUCAUGAUAAACAAUACCAAGGAUUUCAUCCACUCGGAGCUCUUGGCCUACCUGUACUCCUCCGCCGACCAGAGCAGCCUGAUGGAGGAGUCGGCCGACCAGGCGCAGAGGCGGGACGACAUGCUGCGCAUGUACCACGCCCUGAAAGAGGCCUUGAACAUCAUCGGGGACAUCAGCACCAGCACCGUCUCCACGCCGGUUCCCCCGCCCGUGGACGACACGUGGCUGCAGACGAGCAGCGGGCACAGCCCCCCGCCUCAGCGCAGACCUCCCUCCACCAUCCUGCCGCCGGGCCGGCCGCCGGCCGUCAGGGGUCCAACGCCGGGGCCGCCCCUCAUCCCCAUCCCCGCCGGGGGACCCUCC